GAUCGUCGCAUUUCAAUUCAAGGUGGCGGUCGUUUGGCCGGUCCACUCCGUUCCUGAGGGGCUCGCACGGCACAAAAAUGUUUCAUUCCUGUCAAAACGGGUGGUCUGGGGGAUCGGGGGACGAUUCAGGGGUGCUGUGACCGAUCUGGGAGAGGUAGUGUGGGUCGUAACGGUGGAGAUCUCAACCAAAAAGGCGCAAAAAGGGAACGAAUUCCAGCUGAUUAUUGCCAGCAAGUGGGCCCCUCAUGGGCGUCAAACCACCCCGCCUUGACCAUUGGACGAUGGCCGGGCUCCGCAAUAACCUUGGAGUCGGACAUGCAGUCAGAAAUGCCGGGCAAGGGGCAUUCAAAGCGGCCCGAGAGGGGAUGUAAAUCCAUCUAAAGAGCUGAACUGGCCGUUGUGAACGUUGUGGCGAUAGUAACGACAACAGCCGGUCCAAGAAUUAUUAUGCAGGAUUACGCAACUCGUCUGCCUGGGCUGUCUGCUUCCAAACUAAUUAACCAUAGAUUCGGACCUAAGUCCAAGUCCAGCUAACUGCACUGUAUACAGUUGCGUGUUGGGAAAGCGAAUGCGUAGGAUCACGGCUGCCGCAACCUUGUCGUUGAACAACCCAGUUCCAUCGCGCUCUCUCUGUUCGCUUGGUAUAAUCCACCGGCAACCAUGUUAUCGUCGUACCGGUGGGGACCCUACUCCAUCCCGGGGCCUCCCCCGACCCAAGCAUCGGCAGAUCAUCCCUCAGCCGAGCAAGGACCUAAUAGUUAUGAUUACUCGGCCCGCAGCCCGUUCGUCUCGCCGACCGAGGAGAUGAAGACAUGCCUGAUCUGCGGCGACCGUGCCACGGGCCUUCACUACGGCAUCGUGUCGUGCGAGGGCUGCAAAGGCUUCUUCAAGCGCAGCGUGUGCAACCGCCGAGUCUACCGCUGCCUCCGGGAGAAGAACUGCAUGAUGUCGCGGCAGAAGCGCAACCGCUGCCAGUACUGUCGGCUACUCAAGUGCCUACAAGUCGGUAUGAACCGGAAAGCCAUCCGAGAAGACGGCAUGCCAGGUGGAAGGAACAAAAGCAUCGGCCCAGUUAAGUUGACAGAUGAGGACAUUGAGCGCAUCAUGACUGGGGAAGAGUACGAGAGGGAGGACAUGAUGUCUGGCCGGACCACAGGCGAGCAGACGGGGAGCCCCACCCGUAGCGACGGCAUCUCCGACCAGUUCUCUCCCACCUCCAUGGGGAGCAACACCAACUUCUCCCCGGAAGCAGCUGAGCGGUUCACCUUCCCUGGGCCGUCCCCGGGGGCCGACCCGGGCGGUGGCGCGCCGCGAGAGCCGUUCAACGGCCGUCCCCGGAAGAGCCGUCGCUCCAGCUCUCAGAGCUCGCUGCACCAGCUGGCUCCGAUGACCAUGCUACCGGAGAUCGAGGUGCUCAUCAUCGCCGAGCCCGAGGAGCCCCUCACACUUCCUUUUCACCUGCCCUCCGACAAGCCGGCCGGCUAUGACGAGGUCUUCGAGCUGCUGUGCCUCCUCCUGGACCGCAUGAUCCACCACCAGGUCCAGUGGGUGAAGCGGCUGCCUUUCGCCUGCAAGCUCACCGUCCAGGACAUCACGGCCCUGCUCACCAGCACCUGGUGCGAGACCAUCCUGCUGGCUGCUCUACACAGCCAGCCUCCCGCUAUCUUCUCCGACUUGGCAGCCCUCCUCAACAACUACAUCCCGAGUGAAGACGAGCUUCGACGUUUCGGUCAGACCGGAUUGGAAAUCAUCGAUAAAGCCAGUGCUGUGGUCAACAAGUACCAGUUACUCCGAGUUAGCGUCCAAGAAUACCUCUGCUUAAAGGUCAUUAACUUUCUCAACCCAGAUGCUGGAGAUCUGGUUGAGCCCUCGGUGGUCGAGGAGCUCAGCCAGCAGCAUUACUACGUCCUCCACGACCACGUGCAGCUCAACAACAACCUGGCCAACGACCGCUUUCGCGCCCUGCUGCUGAUGCUGCCAGACGUCAGGCUUUUGGCUCGAAAGAUCCGCGACGUGUCCUUCGACAACGCGCCGCUCCUCUUCAAGGCCAUCAUGCACUCGUGCUGCCCACAGAAGCCGGCCCAGCCGCUCUCCGUGUCGCCCAAGCUACCGGCCACCAAAACCUGAAUGCUCUGCUGUAGCUCGGCUGCUUCCCUCCGAUCUUUCACGAGCAUACGCGUGUUGUACAAAGGCUAUUAAUUAACCACAGAGCGAAACUGAGCAAAGAGUCUGCAGCUUGAUUUUUUCCCUUCUCAAUUUACGUAUUAAACCAUUUUUAAACUGUAUACAUCUGACAUAAUGACAUCUAUUUUUAUGACGCUCUAAUGAUUUUUAAAAAACUGUUCCAAGGUAUGUUAAGUAACAAAUAACCCUAACAUGAUAUACAAAUUACGAAUUUGAAGUACUUCAUUUAAAUAUGUUAGUCUCCAAUGCCGCUCUAGUGUAUUGUCAAAAUUAACAUGACUUGUACAAACUUUGAUUUCACAAUUACGUUCUUUAUGUAUUCAUGGGUUUGAGACGUUAUUGGCGGUGUUGUUGUGAACUGUAGCAAAAAAGAUUGUCCAAAAUAUUCCUUCACUGGGUCAUCUACAGGUUUGUUUUUUUAUGUAAAGUAUACCCACAUUUUUUUGAUAUGGAUGUGAAGUCUUCAAAGUUGUGAGCGUUUGAACGCAAAGAUCCAUGAAAUUCAGUUACAGCUUUUAUUAAUCCCCCUACCUUAUGUUCGCUGUGAGCGGAAAUGUGUCGUUAAAACGAACGUUGGUCUUUUAUAUGUUUGUUCUUCUUAAUAGGUAAAAAUUAAAAUAAUUAAAAAAAAAGUCUGUUAAAAAAGUAAUUAUGAUAAUUGCGAUCACAGUGUGAAAGCUGACGACUAGUUCCCUGGCAGGUCUCUAUAGGAUGGGGGGGGGAGUAGGUUUCUUGUAGUGGCCAUAAAGGCUAAAUCCCGUGUCGUCGACAAGGGGUGCCGUGUCACAGAAGUAGAAGACCAUGCGCUACAUUUCAAUGUAAAGUUCUCACCACGCAGCCGCUCAGUUGCAUAUUGAAAUCGAUGAAAUGUUAUUGGAGUAUUGUUCGCAGCUCUCUUUCUGACUGUUAGUUCUAAAAAUUGCUGCAUUUCUGUUUAAGUUGUUAAUGUCUUUUUUUUCUUGUAUAUGAGGUUGUGUAUCAUAAACGUUCUGUAUACCCACCGGUUACGUUUGAAGCGCGUGUUGAGCGCGUAGUUUGUUGUGAGAUUUUGCGUAUUGAAAGGGGAUUUCUCCAAUUUAUAACAUACAUUGUAGUCAAGGGUCGCGGUUGUUUUAUCAGACAUCAGUAACAUUGGAUAAUGCGACCGUCAAAUAAUGAAGAUUCUGAAGGUUAUACGAAAUGCUGUCGAAAAAUGUAAAUGGAAACAACACGAGAUAUCGAAGAUCAUGUUGCCCUCAACAACGGUGUACACGCCAUACUGAACAGUGUGAGAUAAAAAUGAGCAGCAUGUUGAAAAUGUCGAAUAACGUGGAAACAAAACAGGCUGUUCCCUCAUUACGACGUUGCAUAGAAACAUUGAGAGCGAGAGCAGUGUGGUUUCUAUUUCGAUUGCCUGUUUAGGCCUAUGUUUGCUAUGCGUGGACUACCCACGUAUCUCACUCAAAAUAAUAAUGCGGUGGGGAAGAAAAAAAAACACGAUUCUGCCAACACAAGGAAGAAAAUAAUGAAGAGUUGGAAAGGCUAUUUGACAAUAAUUAAAGCUCAGUUUUAUGAAUACAGAACCAACAUGAUCAAUUUCCUCGCUGUUAGAAUAGUUGCUGGUAUCUGGCUAGAUACCCUUUCGGGGGUUCAUUAUGAUAGUGUUUAUCCGACAACUGUUGAAGUAUCAUCGUUGAAAUAGCUCGUACUUGUUGCAGCUUGAUUACACCGGUUGAAUUCUGAUCUCACAGGUGAUCCAUUUUGCUGUGAAAUUCGUUGCACCUGAGCAUUGUUUGAUUGUUUAUUUAUCAUUUUGUCUUGGUUGUUGUCGAAUGCCUAGACUAGUAUUUCAUUGGUUUUGGGGUAUCGUUUCCACUGUUCAAUAUCCUCCGCACAGUAUGUACAUGUACAUAAUUAUGACAGACAUAAGUGUAUUUUUUUUUCUAUGCUUGAACAUAACUACCAAAGCCCACAGUACAAGAGGUGCGUAUUUUUGCAGCUGAUGACGGAAAUGCAAUUGGCGGGUACAGUCUUUUUAAUGUUUGAUAUUAAGUUUUAUUCAUCUGGGAAUAAUUAUGAUUUCAGGUUGCAGCCGACGUCUGUAGGAAAGUUGGCUUUAUUGUUUUAGACGCAGUGUCGUUGUAAGUCGAACCAACUUAGGCCGGUACACGAGACUCGUUGGGCUGUGUAUAUCGUUUAGUCUUGGCCCUGCCGUCAGGAUUCCUGUCCUAUGUGGCUGCCUUUAACUGAACGUUAGUGACAGAUUUGCCAGAAAACUGAGUUGAUAAAACUCAUAGUCCCAGAUUAGUCGCUACAAAACGUUGUACGUGGCUGUUACAUCGUUCGGUCUUGUCACAUGAUUUUUUUUUAAAAAUAUCACCUUUAAAAAGAGAAGGUCGAUCAAAAUUGGGAGGGGUUUCUAAUUGGCUUGGGCUGUUGACAUUUAUGAAAGUAGUUGUUAUACUGGGCGAGCUGUGCGGCUUACCACUCAAAAUCUGUAUUGUUUCCUCGAUUCCACACUGUAAGUGAAAGUUCGGGCUUUUUCAUGUUCACAAUCAACGGAGAUGUUUCACAAUAUAGGUUUGUGUCCACGACACGUGUUUUCUCUCUAAACUCGUCGGUUUUGUGGGCAAAAUUCGAACAAAGUUUGAUUUUGCUUUGUUGAUGCAUUUCACUUAAAUUACAGUUCAUUCCGUGGCAGCCCCAAGCACGCCAAUCCAUUUUCUGCGAUCGAGAAGUCAAGUCAAAUUUUAACUUACUGAAUCCUGUGUCAUUGUGAAAAUGGACUGAAAACUGGCGACUAUUUCCUUUCUCACCGCCAUGCCUUGUUAAGCUGACAAUGAGUCUGGGAAUGAAAGGCAUGCGCAAGGCGGUCAUGGGCUCCACAUUUCACAGAAGUCCACAUUUCAUGCUACACCGAAUCUUCUCACGGAGCCUCCUACCCUACACGUUUUUUUGUCUUUCUAUGAGACUGAAGACAUGCUCAAUAUGGACAGAAUACUUUUUCGUGGAGUCAAAGCCCGCCUCCAAAUCACUUGGCUGCGAAUUGAAAUUACACAAGCUUUAUGGGAACUGGUUGCUGCCACCACAACCGUAGGCUCGUGCGUACUUUCUAGCCGCAGUCAAGUCAUUCGGACACGGCCAAAGUCUCAUCAUACAGAUCGGAUUGCCUGCAGAGCUCCGGGACAGAAUUUCCAAGGCAGCUGCUUCUAGCAUUGAGAAUACCAAAGAUGGAGCAAAACUGCGUGCAUGCUGCUUACACAUGCUCGUCAAAUGACGACUUUCACACCCAGAAAGCCCCUUAUUAGUAUUUUUGUAACUGGGCAAUAACUUGGCAGCUGAUAAUAAUUAUACUUCGCUCCAAAGUUGCAUGCAAAAGUUGGAAGUAAAAGAGGAAAUUGAAGUUUUAUGUUUAAAAGAUUAAAAGUGUAGUUUUUAUUAGGUCGAUGCAUGGUAGUGCGGUAGUUAGCUUGGUUAAAGAUCUGUACUUUAUACAUAUAGUCAUGGAAAAGUCAGCUUCGAGAUGGACAAUUUGUAUUGAAAACAAUCUACCUCUGUCGGUUUUGAUUUUGUGGAAGUGGCGCUGGUAAAUAUUCAUGUUUUUGUAUCUUGCUUGUCUGCACAUGCCCCUUCCUCUUUAUAUUUUGCUCAUUUUUGUACGGCAGGGCUUAAAAUUUUACGUUUGGUAACACUUUCUCGCUUGCUUUCUUUUGUUGGUGUUGUUGGGCAAGUGGCUGUCUUGCGUUAGAGUGACGUCUAUGUUUCAAGUGUGUCACGAUCGUGAAUGUCACUCGUGUUGAUAAACCAUGUGUAACGCGUUCGAUCGUGAGUUGUAACGUCUAUUAUAGUAUCUAAAGGGCGGCAUGAAGAAGGCGUGUAUUUAGGACACUCUCACCAAAACUUGUUGGGGGGGGUUCGGAAACGCAGAACCCGUA